AUGAGCAAGAGAUAUGUUCAAUUAAAUGCUCAUAUAGGACAAGGUACAUAUGGUAAAAUUGAAAAGGCAAGAGAUACCUUAGAUGAUUCAAUAGUAGCAAUUAAGAAGGUCAAACUAACAGAUAUUGCAACUGACAUAAAAAGUUCAAGACAAAAAAUUGGGCAGUGUGGGAUUCACUUCACAGUCCUACGUGAACUAAAAAUAAUGAAUGAAAUUCAUCAUCCUAAUACAAUGGAACUACGAGACGUGUUUGUACAAGGAGAGUUUAUAAAUGUGGUCAUGGACUAUAUGGAGAGUGAUUUAAGACGUGUAUUUGAAGAUCGUAUACGCUUUUCAGAAGCUCAAAUCAAGUGUAUUUUGCGCCAAAUUGUCCAGGGAGUAGCAGAACUACACAAAUGGUAUAUUCUUCAUAGAGAUUUAGCACCUGCAAAUAUAUUCAUUAAUUCCAAAGGUAUUGCAAAAGUAGGUGAUUUUGGUCUAGCUAGAAGCUUUGGUCAACCAAGGCGUGAAUAUACACCUGAAGUAGUUACUUUAUGGUAUAGAAGUCCAGAAUUAUUAUUAGGAGCAACUAAAUAUAGUGAUGCAGUUGAUAUGUGGAGUAUAGGAUGUAUAUUUGCUGAAUUAUUGUCAGGUGGAAAGCCUUUAUUACCUGGAGAAGAUGAAUUAAGACAAUUAGGGAGGAUUUAUGAGUUACUUGGAACACCAUCAGAUACAAAUUGGCCUCAGUCAAGAAAUCUUCCUUUAUAUUGUGAAUUUACUCCUCGAAUGCCCCAACAACUUAAAGAUAUCUUCCCAAAUGCUUCAGAUUCAGCUAUUGACUUGUUAAGAUCACUACUGAAAUUGAACCCAUUGGAAAGGAUAAGUGCAAAAGAUACUUUAAAUCAUGAAUACUUUAAUAAUUUUCCUUUACCUUGUGAUCCUUCCGAAUUACCUCUUAUGUACUUGCGCGAAUCUUAA